GGAACCCAGGAGGAGUCAGUGUAGUUAUACUUCACACAGGAAGCAGACUACCUCCCUUCUCGUCUUACACCUACACCUCUCUUCUCCAUCAACAAGGUUAUCUAUCUCCCGUGGCCGCAGUUCCAGUGACACUUGUAUUUGCAACACCAGCUGCUCCUGUAUCUGCAACACCAGUGACAGGUGUGGCUGCAUCAUCAGUAGCACGUGUGAGAGGAAUAUCAGUAGCACAUGUUGGAGGACCACCAGUAGCAUUUAUAGCCACAGUACCAGAAACUCCUGUGGACGCAUCAGUAUCUUCUGUGACCGCAACACAGUGACACCCGUGACCGUAACCAGUGGCAUAUUAGGCUGCAGUACCAGCAGUAGCACCCUGUGGCGGCAGUAAUACUAGUCACUUCUGUGGCCAAAAUUAAUUUCUACUGUCGAAACACUAACGUAUAUGGCCAUUACAGCUAUAACUGCCGUAAGAGUAGCUGCUGCCCAAGUACUGUCAGCAGCAGCAGCAAAACUCUUGACCAUAACAAUAUUUUAUUCUGUGUGAAGCGCUUAACUCGCAUGGGUCAUUCAGUAGUGGAGGCUCGAUUCUCCGUCCUCUAAUCACCAGUCACGCUACCUAAUUCUAUUUGCUUCUCAUCGUCAAAAUAAAUACAAGAUGUAUGGAUGGGCGUGGGCGUGGGCGUGCUUGAUGGUGCUGGGCGCCCACCUGCAGGCUCUUCCUUCACCACUGGAGAUGCGCCUCGCCUCGUCUUCAGCAGCUCGUUCUCCAGUGUACAUUGAUCAAGGCGGAGUUCGCUUUCACAUCGUUUGGGAGGACAACAACUCCCCAAGUGAGCAGAAUGCCGCAAGAGCACAGACGAAUGCCGCAAGAGCACAGACGAAUGCCGCAAGAGCACAGACGAAUGCCGCAAGAGCACAGACGAAUGCCGCAAGAGCACAGACGAAUGCCGCAAGAGCACAGACAAAUGCCGCAAGAACGCAGACGGAUGCCGCAAGGGUGCAGCAGAACUUGAGAGAGCGGAUCUUGAGGGAACACAACUUAAGAGAGCAGAACUUGAGAGAGCAAAUGUUGAGAGAACACAACUUAAGAGAGCAGAACUUGAGAGAACGGCUCUUGAGGGAGCAGAACUUAAGAGAGCAGAAACUGAAAGAACAAAAGAACCUGAGAGAGCAAAUCUUGAGAGAGCAGAACUUGAGAGAACAGAACUUAAGAGAGCAGAACUUGAGACGGCAGAACGUGUUAGAGCCCAACUUUAGACAACAGGACAGAGGAGAGCAGAUCUUGAGAGAACAUAAUUUGAGAGUGCAGAACGUGUUAGCGCACUAUGCCGCGGCAGCGCAGAAUAUCGCCAGGGAGCAGAACGCUGCCAGAGAACGGAACCUGAGAGAGCAGAACGCUGCCAGCGAGCAAAGCGCUGCAAGAGAGCGGAACUUGAGAGAGCAGAACGCUGCAAGAGAGCAGAAUUUGAGAGAGCAGAACCUGAGAGAGCAGAACGCUGCCAGAGAGCAAAGCGCUGCAAGAGAGCGGAACUUGAGAGAGCAGAACGCUGCAAGAGAGCAGAAUUUAAGAGAGCAGAACGCUGCCAGAGAGCGGAACCUGAGAGAGCAGAACGCUGCCAGAGAGCAAAAUGUUGCAAGAGAGUGGAACUUGAGAGAGCAGAACGCUGCAAGAGAGCACAAUUUGAGAGAGCAGAACCUGAGAGAGCAAAACGCCAUCAGAGAGCAGAACGCUGCAAGAGAGCAGAAUGCUGCAAGAGAGCAGAAUGUUGCAAGAGAGCGGAACUUGAAAGAGCAGAACGCUGCAAGAGAGCAGAACGCAGCCAGAGAGCAGAACGCUGCAAGAGAGCAGAACUUAAGAGAGCAGAACGCUGCAAGAGAGCGGAACUUAAGAGAGCAGAACGCUGCAAGAGAGCAGAACUUAAGAGAGCAGAACAUUGCCAGAGUGCAGAACGCUGCAAGAGAACAGACCUUAAGAGAGCAGAAUGCCCCGAGAGAUUUGAGAGUGCAGAACGUGUUAGCGCACUAUGCCGCGGCAGCGCAGAACAUCGCCAGGGAGCAGAACGCUGCCAGAGAACGGAACCUGAGAGAGCAGAACGCUGCCAGCGAGCAAAGCGCUGCAAGAGAGCGGAACUUAAGAGAGCAGAAUGCUGCAAGAGAGCGGAACUUAAGAGAGCAGAACGCUGCAAGAGAACAGACCUUAAGAGAGCAGAAUGCCCCGAGAGAGCAAAACGCUGCAAGGGAGCAGAACUUGAGAGAGCAGAACCUAAGAGAGCGAAUCAUGAGAGAGCAUAACUUGAGAGUGCAGAACUUGGGAGAGCAGAACGCUGCCAGAGAGCAGAACGCUGCAAGAGAGCGGAACUUGAGAGAGCAGAAUGCCGCGAGAGAGCAAGACGCCACAAGGGAGCUGAACAUGAGAGAGCAGAACCUAAGAGAACGAAUCAUGAGAGAGUAUAACUUAAGAGCACAGAACUUGGGAGAGCAGAACGCGAGGAGGCAGGUGCCCAGGGCCACCACCACAAGAGCAUCUCCCACCAUGGCUGCAGCAACACUCACACCAACCCCCAGGAGGUUAAGACGAUGGAGAUGGUGGGGUUCUCAGGACAAGAAGAGCGAGCAGGAGGUGACUGCGAGGUUGGCCACCACCACUACCAGAGCACCACCCUCCAUCACCACAGUCAUCCCCACCACUAUCAAACCCAGUAAAUGGAAGUCAUGGUUUUCGUCUGUGUCACAGAAGAUCUCCCAAGCUGCCAAGAAAAUCAAGACCGAUGCUUUAGACAUAAGAAGAUCGUAUGAUGUAAGCAUGGAAGCUGUUGCCAGAGCCUUCAUCACUGGAGGAAAUGCCACCAAACAAGGAAUUUUAAGUGCAAGUCACUCCAUUGAAAGGGGAGCAAAAAAAAUUCGCCUAGCUUUAAAAAAAGAAUUUAGGAAAAUACGUUUAAGAUUUUCUGGCUCUGGGGAGAAAUUUCGGAUUGUGACUAACCGUCUGAAGGAGAGACUGGAAGCUGGGGACGAGAGAGCAUUGGCCCUCAUGAAAAAGCUGGGCAUCAAAAUCAGGUUCUCUGGGAACAAGAUAAUAGGCUCUUCCGUAGCUAAUAAUUCCAUUCCGGUAAGCGAGAUGCUCCAGAAGGAAGGCCUUUUAGCCAACAAGUCUGCUGCUAUCUCCACUGUACCGGAGGAGGCUGAGAGUGGGGUACCGGCCACCCCAGAUGAAGACGAAGGCGAGCACACGGUAGUUACAGAAAAGGACAAAGAGGUUACAGAAGAGGACAAAGAGGUUACAGAAGAGGACAAGGUAGUUACAGAAGAGGACAAAGAGGUUACAGAAGAGGACAAGGUGGUUACAGAGAAGGCAUUACACUCAGCCGAGGCUACAGAAGAGGACAGGAUGUUUACAGAAGACAAGGUAGUUACAGAGGUGUUAUAUUCAUCUAAGACUACAGAAGACAAGGUAAUUACAGAUGUUUUCCGUCCAGCUGAGAGCUUCGAUACAAGCAAAUUCUCAACAGUAACCGCCAGACAACCAACUGAGACCACAGAGUACACUACUACUACUGAAAGUACAUCAUCCGCUACUGAAGCACUACUUACCACCACUGAAGCCUCACCAACCACUGAUGAAAUUAGAUCAACCACUAUUGAAACUAAAUUAACCACUACUCUGGCUAUACCACCCACUACCGAAGCUCAGCCAAAAUCUACUGGAGUUCUGUUAACCACUACUGAGCCUACAUCAAUCACUAAUGAAGCUACAGCCACAACUAAAGCUACACCAACCACUAGUGAAGCUACAUCAACCACAACUGAAGCAACAUCAACCACUGCUGAACCUAUAUCAACCACAACUGAAGCUAUAUCAACCACUACUAAAACUACAUCAACCACAACUGAAGCAACAGCAACGACUACUGAAGCUCUACCGAUCACAACUGAAGCUACAUCAACCACAACUGAAGCUACAUCAACCACAACUGAAGCUACAUCAACCACUACUGAAGCUACAUCAACCACAACUGAAGCUACAUCAACUACUACUAAAGUUAUAUCAACCACAACUGAAGCUACAUCAGCCACAACUGAAGCAACAUCAACCACUACUGAAGCUCUACCGAUCACAACUGAAGCAACAUCAACCACUACUGAAGCAACAUCAACCACUACUGAAGCAACACCAACCACUACUGAAGCAACAUCAACCACUACUGAAGCUACAUCAACCACUACUGAAGCAACAUCAACCACUACUGAAGCUCUACCGAUCACAACUGAAGCAACAUCAACCACUACUGAAGCAACAUCAACCCAUACUGAAGCAACAUCAACCACUACUGAAGCAACACCAACCACUACUGAAGCUACAUCAACCACUACUGAAGUAACAUCAACCACUACUGAAGCUCUACCGAUCACAACUGAAGCAACAUCAACCACUACUGAAGCAACAUCAACCACUACUGAAGCAACAUCAACCACUACUGAAGCAACAUCAACCACUACUGAAGCAACACCAACCACUACAGAAGCAACAUCAACCACUACUGAAGCUACAUCAACCACUACUGAAGCAACAUCAACCACUACUGAAGCUACAUCAACCACUACUGAAGCAACAUCAACCACUACUGAAACAACAUCAACCACUACUGAAGCUACAUCAACCACUACUAAAGCAACAUCAACCACUACUGAAACAUCAACCACUACUGAAGCUACAUCAACCACUACUGAAGCAACAUCAACCACUACUGAAGCAACAUCAACCGCUACUGAAGCAACAUCAACCACUACUGAAGCAACAUCAACCACUAUUGAAGCAACAUCAACCACUACUGAAGCAACAUCAACCGCUACUGAAGCAACAUCAACCACUACUCAACCCACGAUAGUGACAUCGGCACUGGUUUCAGAACAUUUAAGUACAGUCACAACCACCGCGCCCACAACCAUCACAACAAUUGUACACACUGUCACUACAACUCCCCAAACCAUCACCACACCUACAACCACCGCAGCACCCCCAAUUACUACCGUAAUACCCACAACCACAACACUCACAACCACCACUGCACCUUCAACUACUGCCACAGUACCCACAACCACUACAACACUCACAACUACAAUACCCACAACCACAACUCCCACAUCAACCACUACGACACCCACAACCACAACUUCCUCAACAACCACAACACCCCCAACCACAAUACCCACAACCACAGCUUCCCCAACAAUCAUUACAACACCCACAACCACAACAUCCCCAACCACAACUCCCCAACAACCACAAUACCCACAACCACAAACUCCCCCAACAAACCACAAUACCCACAACCACAACUCCCCCAACAACCACAUUAUCCACAACCACAAAACCCCGAAUAACCACAACCACCGCACCACCAGUACCAACUUGGAGAACCCAUGCACCAGCCAUUAUAGAUGAAGACUCUGGCCUUGACAAGCCCUUCCCUGCAGUGGUGGAAGAACCAGAUGCUACCAGAGAGGAACCAUACGAACCACCACCUUUCCCAGAUGUAUUCACCAACAGCAAGGUACAGGAACGCCUGAAGGCAUUUUAUGAUAAUGGAGACUUCAGCCAUGCUGAACUGGCCGAGAUUUUCAAUUUUGAUCCAGACAACUACGAGUAUAGUUACGACAUCUACUAACUGAAAAGUCGAAUUGUCUAUUUCUUAUGAGGCAAAUAACUCUCAUUAUCACUAAUUCUAACUUUAAUUAUUAUUAUAUAUUCAAGGAUAAGUACUAAACCCAUAAGGGUAAUAUAGCACUUGGAAAAUGGGAACCAAAAGCAGGUUUGAUCUGAGGAAAUUAUCCUACUGUUAACCACAA